AACCUCCUGAUUCCACUUGAAGGCAUCAGUCGGCCACUGCAAGCUAAAGGUGAGUACAGAACCACAGUACCUUUAUUUCUCUGUGCACAGACCCAACAGCAUCAGUUACUAAACACUCAAAGAGCAUUUGAUAGUAUUUUUUUUUAAGGUUUUGUGUUUUUCUUUCAGAGAAUGAGGAUCCAAAUUAUGUUCCUGGUCUUUGCUUUUGUGGCUGCGAUCAAUGCAGCGCCAACACAAAACAGUGCUGCACAAGCCAAAGCUGAUUCAGUCAAACUCGAGGAGGUUAACAUUGAUGAGCUAAAGAAUGAUCCCACAUUAGCAGGCCUAGCUAAAGAUUUGAAAGCCCAGGAAAAAGCCUUGGGACCUGAGUUCAAUGAGAAGGCCUUGGAAAACGAGGUGCUCCUGAAGAAAGCUUUCGAAGACGAAGUGUUCAAUGAGAAGACCUUAGAAGAUCAGGUGCUCAACGAGGCUGCUCUGAAAGAGGAUGUGCUCAUGGAACACGUUUUCGAAGAUGAAGAGCUCACGGAGGCGCUUGUGGAGAGCGCCCUGGAAGAUGAGGAGCUCAUGGAGAUGCUCAUCGAGAGCGCUCUUGAGGAUGAGUUCCUCAGAGAGAAGGCCAUGGAAGAGGAAGUGCUCAAUGCGGAGGGUUUGGGAGAUGAGGUGGUUAAAGAGAAGGCUUUGGAUGGUGAGGUGUUCACUGAGGAGGCCAUGGAAAAGGAGGUGAAGAACGGUUUGGAAGAGGAGGCGUCCAAGAUGAAAAUCAGUCCCAAGGAUAUUAAACCGGAACAGUUGGAAGCUGAACUGCCUCAUGUUGAAUAAGCAGAGAAAGAUGAACCCCUCACAACAUUCGCAGCUCUCCAACACCUGAUCUCCAGCACCAAGGGCAUCAUCACCGCCAUCUCCUUUACAAUGACAACAAAUGGUAUUAGAGCAUUAAAACCAAUUGAAGUAUUGUCUUACAGUAAUGGGAUUCAGUAAAAGCCUUUGACGACAUGAAAUGAAUUGUGUUUGUCUGUUUCAAUAUUAGCAUUUUUUUGUGCCUUUUACUGUGUGUGUGUGUGUGUGUGUGUGUGUCAGGUAUUUAUUAAUUCAUGACAAACGACUACAAAUUAGCAUUUUCUGUAUCUUUCCAAUAUUUUGAU